GUAUUAUCUAGAGCCGUUGAUAAGCUGGGUUUCACUCCAUGAAGCUCGCUGGCACCUAGGGAAUCGUUUAUGGCUCACGGGACGUUCUCCUAUCGCAUUGUACAUUUUCGGCAGCUCAGGUCGAUUUAACAAUAUAAAUCCAACAUUUACCUAAAGCACUUGCUACUUACACGCCAAGUUGAAGGAUGCUGAACUCCAGAAGCCAGGGCGCGGGGUUGACCCCGCGUAGCUCACGCCAAGGACUGGUGUCUAGCAUCAAGUAUGCAGCUUUGUCAGCACCCACACGUCAGCGCUGCGAGCGAUCGCCAGACGUCCUCGUAAUCCCGCGCGCACACGCGGGCUCGCCCGAGCCCCCGAUCGCAGUUAUUGGGAGACAUAAGCCGACGUACACCAAUGCAAACUUCCCAACGGACGUGGAGGGGAGGACCUAUCACCUCGGGACAAAGGAAGGCGAGGUGGCACCGCGAAUCCUGUCUGUGGGCUCUGUGGGGAGAGCCCAGCUUCUCAGCACGCUCCUGGACCCCCCUGCCCCGGGCAAGCCGCUCUUCGAACGCAUUUCUAGUCGCGGCUUUUUGACUAUUACAGGGCGUUUUGAGGGCGAGCCGGUCAGCAUCGUGAGCACGCACAUGGGCAUGCCCAACAUGGACUUCGUCGUACGGGAAAACCGCGCUGUCGUACGCGGCCAGAUGGCAAUCGUACGGCUGGGCACGUGCGGCGCCGUACAGCGGCCCGCCAAGCUGGGAGACCUGCUCAUCGCGUCCCACGGGUCGAUCGGGAUCCGGCGGGAUUCGGACUACUGGACGUUGGCGUUCCAGAAAGAGCAGGAGCAGGCGCAGCUGCAGCACCAUGCAGCGGGCCACGGCGGCUUAACCGCCGCCAACGGCAACGGCAACGGGUUUGGCAACAGUAACGGCGGCGGGCUGUCUUACUCGUACGGCAGCGGCGCGGCGGCGGGCGCCCGGCCGUACAUGGUGUCUCUGCCGGUGCCGGCGGACGGGGAGCUGGCGGCGCUGCUGACGGCGGAGGCGACGGCGGUGGUGGGGCCGGGGCGGGUGGUGCAGGGGCUCAACGCCAGCGCGGACAGCUUCUACAGCAGUCAGGGCCGCACCGGCUCCGACUUCGAGGACUGCAACGCCGCGCUGCUGGGCGAGCUGGCGGCGGCGCACCCCGACCUGGUAUCGCUGGAGAUGGAGACGUUCCAGCUGCUGGACCUGGCGCGAUGCAGCAGGGGCUCCAUCAAGGCAGCGGGCAUGUGUGUGGCACUGGCCGAGCGCUACUCCAACGCCUUCCUCGAGUACUCGCGCCUGGAGGAGCUGGAGAUUGCGGGCGGCACCGCGGCGCUGAGGGCGCUGGUGCGCUGCCGCCUCAGCGACGGCAACACGCCGGCGGCGUCCAUGGGCGAGGAUGCGGGGCCCGUGGAGUACGUGUGGGCGUGAGGUGGCGUGAGGCGGGUGGGCUGCAGGAGGCAGGGUGGAAAAGGAGGUGUGGGCGGGGUGGGAGAGGCUGGAGGGGGGGCUCUGAAGGUGGAGGGGGCUGGCUAGUUAGGUUCCCAGCCUAGAGUAUGUGGGGAAGGGGGCGCACGAGGUAGCAUGGAGUUGGGUGUGCUGUGGGAGAGCACAGCAGACCCGCCUGCAUGGCUGGUUGGCACGUGGCGAGGGUAGGGCCGGACCGGCAUCUUUCUUGUUUUCUUUUCUUUCCUCAUUCGUUUUGUACUGUAUUGUUUGUAUACUACAACCAUUGCGUGUGAGCUAGUAGGCAUGCCCACUGUGUGACACAGGGAAUAGAGUUGCGUGUGAGGAUUGCAUGCAUACAGGCGGUGGGUGCUGCAGAGGUGUGGCAGCAUGGAAGGAGGGCGGCGGCCGCACGUGGAAGUCGUGUGACGCUAGUGGCGCAAUCGACGUUGCUAGGAUGUUGUGCGGGCAAAUACCUAUGUGGUGUGUGGCAUGGAGCAUGCGUAUGUCUUGGCGAUGAUGUGCGCAUGGGUUCCGGAUGGAUACCUGGGUCUGGGAGUGUGACGCUUAAUUCCGGGUGCGCUAGGGCGGAGGGAACGGGAGUGCGAUGGAAAAUGGAAUGGGGUCCA